AAGUCUUAUCUAUCAAACAAGCUAUCGGUACUAGAAAUCUCAAUAAUAUUUAAUUGAAUAUAAAAAUGACCAGCAAUCGCUCUUAUGUGGCCCGGGAGAAUUGAAAGUAAAGGAAGCCAUUAUUAGUUCACUAAAGACCAGUAUACAGGAAAAAUGCACCAAUCACAAAUUUAGUUCAUUUAUUAACUUCCUUGUUAUUGUGAGCAUGUCUAGUGGUGCGGGUUUUAUACUAUCAUCAGCAGGAAUUCUGAAAGUAAUCUCAUUGCUAUGCAUCAUAAUAGGAGGAUUGAUCUUUGUCACGUCUGGAGACUGUAGUGAGUCACACUUCUGGGCUGUAACAUACAUUGUCUCCACAACGGCGAGUGCCGUCCUAGCCAUGCUAUCGUAUACAGUGUAUGCGCUAGACCUGAUCAAAUCAACCACGGCGCUCAAGGUACAGCACAUUGCAGAGAUAACGCUGGCCUAUAUCGUAUUUGUGCUGCUGCUGAUUGUUUCCAUCAUCACAAUGACUCAAUGUACCAACAAAAAAUAUACCCUGGAGUAUGUUCCGGAGCCGUUAACGAUAAUAGGUGCUGUUCUGAUGGCAAUAGGAGGGACCCUACUCUUUCUUAACUGGCGUUCGAAGGAGCGUGUUGAUGACAUUCAGAUGAACAUUCCACGGCAAUCGCCAACACAACGAACCAACCCGUAUCUUUCGCGAAAGUCAAUUUUAGUUUAGCAUAUGCUCGUACUUGUUUGUUAUCGAUAGUUUAUUAAACGUUAUCAAAAAACAUCA